AUGUUCCGUCCCGCCUCUAGAGUCCUCCUCCGCGCCCCGGCCACAGUCCGUGGCCCGGCCAGCAGACGAUUGAUAAGCACCGCUCCCGCCGAGGCCUCUAAGUCGAGGAGCUGGAAGAACACCGCCGUCCGACUCGGUCUGGCGGCCGGUGCGGUCUACUACUAUAACACGGCCAGCGUGUUCGCGGAGCCUCCGUCUUUCUCCCUCCGCGAACAAAUCACCCCCUCCGAACCCGCCACCUCUCUCACCCUCGACUCCAUCAAGCCCAAGAUCCGCGAACAGAAGGAAUCCGAGUCCAAAUCUAAAUCCACCAUCCCCGCCCCCUCCGACGAUGCGCAACAACAGCACCAGCCCGCCUCCGAAGCCGCCCUAAAAUCCCCCGAGGAGCUCGAGGAGGAAGCCGGCCAGGAGGCCGCGUUCAACCCGGAAACCGGCGAGAUUAACUGGGAGUGCCCGUGCCUGGGCGGUAUGGCGCAUGGUCCUUGCGGCGAGGAGUUCAAGGCGGCGUUCAGCUGCUUCGUUUACUCGACCGAGGAGCCGAAGGGAAUUGAUUGUAUUGAGAAGUUCAAGGGCAUGCAAGAUUGCUUCCGGCAGUAUCCCGAGGUCUACGGUGCCGAGAUCGACGAUGACGAGGAGGCUCCCGCUGCUGCUCCCGUGAGCGACGACGCCGCCGCCGUCGCCCCUCAGUCUACCGCUUCUGCCGCUGAGAUUGACGCCUCGUCGCAUCCCGAUGAGAAGCGCGCUCGUGCCAAGGAGACCGUCGCCGAGACCAAGUCUGUCGCGGCCGGACAACCUGAGUUGCCGGAGAGCGACGAGUUGCUGCCCAAGGCAUGGCAUGAUACGGAGGCCAAGAACGACGAACAGAAGGAGAAAUAA